AUGGCGCGAGAAAAGCUCCUCGCCCUGCUGUUCGUCGGCUUCGUCGCGCUGGCUCUGAGUUUGCCCCAGCAGACAAAAACCAAGCGACCCACUCCGGUAUUCAAGUCGAAAACCGGCGGUCUGCUGCUGCCCGACAACGCGACGCUGAUCCGCGAGAACAUCGUCGACACGUUCUCAUGCCAGGACAGAAUUUACGGAUACUACGCCGACAUGGAGAACGAGUGUCAAGUGUUUCACGUGUGCCUACCGCAGGCGAGGGGCGCGAUUCGGUGGAGCUUCAUCUGCCCCGCCGAGACGGUUUUCAAUCAGGCGACAUUCGUGUGCACACGAACGGAGAGCUCGAUACCAUGCGAAGAGUCGGAAAAGUACUACGCGUUGAACGAGGAAAUUGGCAAGGAGAUAGAGGAGGAAGAAGAAGCGGACCUGGAACGGGGGAAGGAGAGUGCCACGAAAACUCCCGAGUCCGAAGUCCAGAGUCCGGUGUCGAAGAAACCGCCGACGAGGAGCUCGAGACUGGUGGAUCGCGAGAGAUUGUUCCGACAUUACUGAAGGGGAGUCUCGU